AUGUCAUCCCUUAGUUCUUCCUCCACUUUCAGAUCUGAGCAUUACAGCAACUACAGGCGACAAUCCUCAGGCGAUCCCUGCUUCGACCAAUACCUACAUGCAGCACGGAAUUUAUUUGAAGAUGAAGUGGAAAAAUCAUCAUCCUUCAGGAAUGAUCACUUUUCAAGACCAAGGAAUGAGUCUUUUGGAUACACAGCUCCAGUAUCUGGUCGUCCAGGAAGUCUUGGCAAUGUCAGAACUGUUGGGGAUAUUUAUCAAGUUACAGCUGAUGUCAGUCAGUUUGAUCCGGAAGAAGUUAUUGUUAUAAUGUACAAUUACCACGUUGUCAUCAAAGCAGAAAAGGUGGCUGAAGAUGGAACAAUUCUAAACACUUUCACUCAUAAGAGUCAGCUCCCUGAAGAUAUGGACCCAAUGUCUGUCAGCUGUUCACUGACUGAUGUUGGCAUUCUGAUCAUCAAUAUUAGAAGGAAUCAACUAAAUCAAGCAGACUCACCUCAGCCAGUUUAUCGAAGUGAAGUUAAGCUGUAG